AUGCCUCCAUGUUUCCAUGCCCCACGUGCCCUCCAUCCCCAUACCCCUUAUGCCCCGAAUGCCUCUCAUGCCACCCAUGCCCCCUAUGGCCCCGAUGCCCCCCAUGCUCCCCACCCCAUGCCCCCAAUUCCCCCCUGUAGGAACGUGACUGCGAAGCAGUUGGAGGGACCUAUUCCAGAUGCCAUUGGAAACCUCACCGCACUCACUCAACUGCAUCUCUCAAGCACAAAGCUCAUCGGCUCCAUUCCAGCCACUGUGCCUCGCCUCACCCGCUUAGAAGAGCUAACUCUCAGUUUCAACCGUUUGUCAGGCCCCAUCCCAGAGGCCAUUGGUGAUCUUGCUGCGCUCUCAAGCUUGUCUUUUGAGGAGAACAAGCUCACAGGCGCAAUCCCUUCAUCCAUCAUCCGCCUCACCAAUCUCACCUUGCUGAAUCUCGGAACAAACAAGUUAGAGGGCACGAUCCCUUCGGCCAUAUUCCACCUCACCAAGCUCGCCCUGCUGGACCUUCGAUGGAAUCUCUUCUCAGGCUCCAUCCCAACAGCAAUUGCUGACCUCUCUCUCCUCUCCUACCUGUCACUUGGCGGCAACAGACUCACUGGCACUAUCCCUGUAUCCAUCUUCCGCCUCACCAAUCUCGUCUUGCUAGAGCUCCGCUGGAAUGGACUGUCAGGCACCAUUCCCGCAGCCAUCUCUCACCUGGCUGCCCUCUCACACCUAGACCUCAGCUUUAACAUCAGAGUCACGGGCUCCAUUCCCCUCGAGAUGCAGAGCCUUACCAAACUACAAUCGCUAUACCUCAGCUAUAUGAGUCUAUCGGGUCCCUUCCCAUCCUGGAUCUCUGGUCGCACCAAGCUCAGAAAAUUAGUCGCUGCGCACAACAGCAUCAAUGGCAGCAUACCAGAGUCUAUCGGCAGCACCAUCCACCUUGAAAUCCUAUCCAUAUGGAAGAACAACCUGUCAGGCAGCAUCCCCGAGUCCAUUGGCAGUCUCACCAAGCUCAGCAGCCUGGACUUGUCAGACAACCAGUUUGAGGGAACUGUUCCCGAGGGCAUCGGCAACAUGAAGUACAUUCGGAAACUGGAUCUCUCCAACAACCACUUGACCGGCUCUCUCCCCACCACCCUCUCUCGCCUCUCUCUCCUGCAACAGUUGUUCCUCAACCGCAACAACCUGAAUGGCUCAUUUCCUCUCUGGAUUACACAGAUGUCCAACGUUGCAUGGCUAUACCUCAGUGACAACAAUCUCUCAGGCCCCCUACCUGCUGCUCUUGGUGGAUCUAAAGGCCUCGUCUUUCUCGAAACGUCAGGUUCGGGCCUCACGUGCCCACCAGAUGCUUCCAGCUGUGUGGUUCGGCAGAUCAACUACAGUGCCUUCUGCCAGGACUGCCAAGAAUUCUGUGCCACGUGCACCAGUGAUCAAUCCCCAUCCCCAUCACGAAUCGUGGCCUCCCCUCCACCAUCCCCAUCACCAAAUCAAACCGUCAACAACUCCUCCAACUCCUCACUCUCCUCCCCCUCACUCACUUCCCCUUCUGGCCUGUCCGUGGGAGCUGUUAUUGGCAUUGUGACCGCAGCCGUUCUGCUCGUGCCUCUCCUGCUUGCAUCAGUUUGGUGCCUUGCCACCCACUUCAAGAUUUCCACAAAAGAAUCCCCCGGGCCCCGUUUAGGGAACACAACGACACCGUGCCGGCGGUACUCGCUGGCCGUGGUGGCUCGUGCAACCAACAGCUGGUCCAAGGAGUGCCUGCUUGGGUCGGGGUCGUAUGGAGACGUGUACCGCGGGGUGUGCCCCGAGGAUGGCACCACGCUGUGGGCCGUGAAGCGCGCCAAAGUCAUCACCGCUGACUUCCACAGAGAGGUGGCGCAGAUGGCAACGAAGCACCAUCCGAAUCUGGUGCGGCUGCUGGGGUAUGCAGUGGGAGGCCAUGUGAACACGCGGGUGGAGAACAUUCUCGUCUAUGAGUUCAUCGCCAAUGGCGACCUGCGCACGUGGAUCGGCCCAGGCAGAGGAGCCACCAUCAACACGAUGAGCCCAGGCACUGAGUCAGGCGCCUGUGCCAGCCACGAGCCCAUCUCCAUCUCCAAAUGG